GAUUCUUUAAAAAAGCGUUUUCUGAUUCCUUGCUUACUACCCUUCUAAGAAAUUUCUCUGCAUCUUGGAUCCCUCACUUUGCUCAUCAACCCUCAAACCUCUCUCUCUCUCUCUCUCUCUCUCUCUCUCUCUCUCUCUCUCCACAUAUAGAAUAAUCUUUCUUUCAAUCUUCACCACAUGCAACCCCAACCCUAAAUAAUUCCCCAAAUCAAAUCCAGCAAGUGAUCCAAUUCAAUAACCCCCUUCCUUCCCAAUCCCCCCCCACCAUCUCCGUCUCUCUAGAACGCUGAUCUCGGUUCCAGGAUUUGGGUUUUUUCCAAUUCGAUCCAAUUGCUCCGUUUGGGUGUUGUGUGAGCUUGGAGAUCAUCCAUGAAUUGAAAGCUAAAUCGAUCCUUUCAAGAUUCCGAGGUGUGUAGCUCAAUUGGAGUUUCUAUACGGAGCCUGAAACAGCAAAAUUUGAAGAAAUAAAGCGUAGAAAAUGGAAAAGUACGAGCUUGUUAAGGAUAUUGGAUCUGGGAAUUUUGGGGUGGCCAGGCUUAUGAGGAACAAGGAGACCAAAGAGCUCGUCGCCAUGAAAUACAUCGAACGCGGCCUCAAGAUUGAUGAGAAUGUGGCAAGGGAAAUCAUAAACCAUAGAUCACUUCGCCACCCAAACAUCAUUCGGUUCAAGGAGGUAGUUUUGACUCCUACACAUCUUGCUAUUGUUAUGGAGUAUGCAGCUGGUGGAGAGCUCUUUGAGAGGAUUUGCAAUGCAGGAAGGUUCAGUGAAGAUGAGGCUAGGUAUUUUUUUCAGCAGCUUAUCUCGGGAGUUAGCUACUGUCAUUCUCUGCAAAUAUGCCACCGAGAUUUAAAGCUGGAAAAUACCUUGCUGGAUGGCAGCCCAGCUCCACGCCUGAAAAUUUGCGAUUUUGGUUAUUCUAAGUCAUCCUUGCUGCAUUCAAGGCCUAAAUCAACUGUGGGAACUCCUGCAUAUAUUGCUCCUGAAGUUCUUUCUCGAAGAGAGUAUGAUGGCAAGUUGGCAGAUGUGUGGUCAUGUGGAGUAACCCUGUAUGUUAUGCUGGUGGGAGCUUAUCCAUUUGAAGACCAAGAAGAUCCAAAGAAUUUCAGGAAAACCAUUAAUAAAAUAAUGUCUGUUCAGUACAAGAUCCCAGACUAUGUUCACAUAUCUCAAGAUUGUAGGCAUCUCCUCUCUCGCAUCUUUGUUGCAAAUCCAGGAAGGAGGAUCACCAUUAAAGAAAUCAAGAACCACCCGUGGUUUUUAAAGAACUUGCCGAGAGAGCUUACAGAAGCAGCUCAAACCGUUUACUACAGAAAAGAAAACCCAACCUUUUCUCUCCAAAGUAUUGAAGACAUCAUGAAGAUAGUGGAGGAAGCCAAAAAUCCUCCUCCAGUUUCCCGAUCAAUUGGAGGCUUUGGCUGGGGAGAAGAAGAUGGUGAUACAAAGGAAGAUGUAGAAGGCGAGGGAGAAGAAGAAGACGAGUAUGACAAGACAGUCAAAGAAGUACAUGCAAGUGGAGAAGUGCGCGUCAGCUGAGAAGUAGUUUCUUCCUCAAUAUCAAAAAACCCCAAAAGUUCAGGUUCUCAAUAUCUGCGUAGUCAAGAACGUUAUGCUUGUAUGAAGAGUCAGUUUUUUUUGUUUUGCGUAGGCGAUGGUGUUUCAAUAAACAAACUUCUGUAAAUUAUAGUGUGGUGCUGUGACUGACUGUGGAUGUAUCACUAGUAGAAUUUAUAGUCAAAGAUCGUGGGUUUGAGAUGUUUUGGGUCGUUGUUUUCGAAUUUAAGGGAGGUGGGAGGCUCGGAGGGGGAAGUGUUAAAGCCUAAACGGGUUGUGUUGUUUCGUUUCAUCUUUAGAACAAGAGAUUGUCAAAAAGGAAACUUUGCCCCCUAAUGGGGUGUGGUAUGUAAGCAAGUUUAUUCAGUUGGAACAUAUUACUUUUGUUAUA